AUCAUUGUUAUAAGAAGCCCUUCUUUGUUUCUCCGGUCUUCAAUCGCAUCAAUGGUCUCGGUAUUACUCGUUCUGUUACAAAUUAAUUGCUCGAAGAGACACUGAGCCGAAGUAAACUUGCUCCGUUCUGAAAUCAUUUCUUCUUUAAUAUAUGCCCGAUUAUUUUUGCCGAGGUAAAUAAUCGAACGAUCGAGAAUAUACAAAUUAAUACGGUAAACUUCGAAAGGGGGAGCAAGGAUGUCUCGCCACGUACCUGUGGACCUGAUGAAGGUGAAUUACGCUGUGACGGAGCCUGGAGAGGAAGUGGUGAUUACUGGGAUCUCUGGCAAGUUCCCGGAUAGUAAGAAUGUGCUAGAGCUGAAGGAAAAGUUAAUGAACAAGGUGGACCUAAUCACGGAGAACUAUUCGAGAUGGCGGCAAGAUCACGCGGAAAUUCCGAAAGACGGUGGCAAAGUGAGCGGCUUGUCCAAGUUCGACGCGAUAUUUUUCGGGGUCCAUUACAAGCAAGCUCACACGCUGGAUCCUAUGUGCCGGAUGUUGCUAGAGACCGCGUACGAAGCCAUUGUUGACGCGGGGUUGAACCCUAGACAGCUCAGAGGGUCCAAUACCGCAGUUGUCAUAGGAUCUUGCAUUAGCGAGUCGGAGAAGACCUGGUUCUAUGAAAAGCUACAAGCAAACGGUUUCGGCAUCACCGGAUGUAGCAGAGCCAUGCUGGCCAACAGGAUCUCCUAUUUUCUAGGUCUCCACGGUCCAUCUUACGCGAUAGACACUGCUUGCAGUUCUAGCUUAAUCGCGUUAGAUCAAGCUUACAAAAUGAUUCGUACUGGAGUAUGCGAUACAGUGAUUGUCGGUGGCUCGAACCUCUGCCUCCAUCCCUAUGUAUCUCUCCAAUUCGCUCGCCUUGGAGUAUUGUCUCCUGACUGUCGAUGCAAGUCCUUCGAUGCGAGAGCAAAUGGCUACGUCCGCAGCGAGGCCAUCAGCGUGAUCUUGCUGCAGAAGGCGAAGAAUGCGAAGAGAGUCUAUGCACAGAUCGUCUACACGAAAAGCAAUUGCGAUGGUUACAAGGAACAGGGUAUCACAUUCCCGGCCAGUGAAAUACAGAAGAUGCUUCUGACAGACUUCUACAACGAGUGCAACGUAUCUCCUAACGACCUGGCCUUCUUGGAGGCUCAUGGUACCGGAACUAGCGUUGGAGACCCCGAGGAACUGAACGCUAUCGAUAAAGUCUUCUGUCAGAGUAGAACCACUCCUCUUAAAAUCGGUUCGAUUAAGUCCAACUUGGGCCACACCGAGCCCGCCAGUGGUCUCUGUUCAGUGGCUAAGGUCAUCAUCGCAAUGGAAAGCGGCUUGAUUCCGCCAAAUUUGAACUUCCAAAGUCCCAUGAAAGGUAUGAAAUGCUUCGAGGAAGGGAGGGUUGAAGUGGUAACGGAACCAACCCCGUGGGACGGAGGUUACGUAGGGAUAAACUCCUUUGGUUUUGGCGGUGCCAAUGCCCACGUCUUGUUAAAAUCUCUAACGAAAGAGAAAGUGAACAAUGGCGCGCCUUCUGACGAUUUACCUAGACUGGUAGCGAUAUCUGGUCGCACGCAGGAAGCUGUAGAGACACUUCUCAAUCACGUCGAAAGUACGCCGGUGGACGUAGAGUACAUUGGAUUAUUGCACAACAUUCACGCAGAAAAUAUAAUUGGUCAUUUGUUCAGGGGGUAUACGGUGGUUGGGUGUAAGACAUCAGAGAAACCACCGAGAGAGAUUCAAGAGUACUCCGGAUUUAAGAAGCCCAUUUGGUUCGUAUUCUCCGGAAUGGGAUCCCAGUGGACUGGCAUGGGUGAAGCAUUGAUGAAGUUCCCUAUCUUCGUCAAGGCCAUCCAGAAAUGCGACGCCGUCCUGAAACCAUACGGUAUAAAUAUCAUUGACAUCAUCACUAGCAAGAAUAAGAAGACUUUCGAUAACAUUCUGAACUCUUUCGUGGGCAUUGCUGCCAUUCAGGUUGGUCUCGUUGAUCUAUUAACAUCCGUGGGUAUCGAGCCGGAUAACAUAAUCGGCCACUCUGUCGGAGAACUCGGCUGUGCCUAUGCCGAUGGUUGCUUCACGGCCGAACAAAUGGUACUUGCAGCCUAUUCCAGAGGUCUGGCAUCGAUCGAGACUAAGAUGAUUCGAGGAUCCAUGGCUGCAGUUGGCCUUGGAUACGAGGAUGUCAAAAUCUUGUGCCCACCAGACAUCGAAGUGGCCUGCCACAAUGGUCCCGACAGCUCCACCAUAAGUGGUCCGGCUGAGUCCAUGAAGGAAUUCGUUGCCAAGCUGCAGGCCAACAAGAUCUUCGCAAAGGAAGUGCCGUGCAGCAACAUCGCGUACCACAGUCGCUACAUCGCGGAAGCAGGACCUAAAUUAUUGGCAUACUUGAAGAAAGUGAUCCCUGAGCCAAAACUAAGAAGCUCCAAAUGGGUGAGCACUUCGGUACCUCGCAACCAGUGGUACACAGAGGCUGCCAAAUAUUCUUCCGCCGAAUACCACACCAACAACCUGUUGAACUCUGUCCUGUUCGCGGAGACGGCCACGCUAAUUCCGGACAAUGCUGUAACCAUAGAAAUUGCGCCACACGGUCUCCUGCAGGCGAUCUUGAAGAGGUCCCUGGAUCAGAAUGUGGUAAACAUUCCACUGACUCGAAGAGGCCACAAAGAUAACGCCGAGUAUUUCCUGCAAGCACUUGGAAAGUUGUACAAUGCUGGUCUUCAGCCGCAACUGGCGAACAUCUACCCACCUGUAGAGUUUCCUGUUAGCCGUGGUACCCCGAUGAUUUCUCCCUACAUCAAAUGGGAACACUCCGAGGAAUGGUACGUGCCAGUCUACACGCAACGUCAGAAGAUUACCACUUCAGAACGAGCAAUCGAGGUGGCUCUCAAAGACGAGAACUACGAGUACAUGGUACAUCACGUGAUCGACGGAAGAAACCUGGUCCCGGCUACGGGUUACCUGAUUAUGGUCUGGGAGACAGUCAGCUCGUUGCAGGGGAAGCUGUACGACGAGCUGUCGGUGGUUUUUGAAGAUAUCAAAUUCGAACGAGCGACGACUGUUCCUUCAUCCGGUUCCGUUAUGUUGACAGUCAUGGUGCACAGAGGAUCUGGAAAAUUCGAGAUAUCAGAGGGUUCCACGACAGUGGUGACCGGAAUGAUUCGCGUGCAACCGAAUCCCGCGCAAGACAUGAUUCCAGCCAGAUUUCUGCCAGAAAUCGACGACGAGGAAGUACUUACCAACAAAGAUAUAUAUAAGGAGUUGAAACUUCGUGGUUACGAGUACACUGGGUUGUUCCGUGGGCUGAAGAGCGCGUCGAUCAAGGGAACCCGAGGUCACAUCGCUUGGUUAAAGAACUGGCCAGCGUUUAUGGACAGUAUGUUACAGAUGAAGAUACUGAACCUUGAUACCAGGGCGUUGUAUGUACCAACAGCGAUUCGGAAGAUGGUGAUCGACGUGAAGAUACACAAUGACAUGAUUCGGUACCUUACAGAAACAGAGAAUGAGAUCCCAGUCUACGUGUACAACGAUUACGACGCCAUAGUGGCAGGAGGAAUCGAAAUUCGUGGAAUAAAGGCCAACGCCAUUCAACGUCGAAAGCUGAUGUCUGUUCCUAUCUUAGAAGAAUACAAAUUCGUACCCCAUCGUGACAAAGCCCAAGCAUCGCUGGAAGAAAUGAUCAUACUUUCUACCCAUCUUGCUCUAGAGUGUCACAUUAUAAGCACCCCACGAAUCCUCGAACUGAUUCACCAGGAUAACAAAGUACCGAUAGAAGAAACCCUCGUUCCUAUCUUCAUGAAGGUAUUGAGCGAUUUACCUAUGAUUCGACCUAAUUUGAUGAUAGCCGCAGAAUCAGAACGAUGCGAGAAAUUGUCACUUCCUGAAACCGUGACAAGAAUAGAAACAAAUAAACUACCAGAAGAUGGCAAUGUCUUUAUGGCAGCUGCUCACGACAUCCUGUCCAGCAAAAGACGAGACAUCCUGGAACAGCUUCUGCUAGCAACUGAGGACAAUGGAUUUAUCCUACUCCGAGAGAGUAUCGUGAAUAAAGACACGAUCGCCUAUCUGCAAGCCUGCGAUCUGAACGUUGUGCUGGAGAAGAGCUACAAGGAUCAGACUUUGUUGCUCUUGAAGAAAGUGGAGAAGCCUCCUCAGAAGACAGAGGUUGUGUACGUGAACAACGACGAGUUCAGUUGGCUGGAGAAAGUGAAGGAAGUUCUGAACGAGGAGAAAGAUAAAAACAAUUCUGAGACAGUAAGAUUAGUACUAGUCGCAGAGGGAGACUUGGAAAAUGGCGUGCUGGGUUUGGUGAAGUGCUUGAGAAGAGAACCUAAUGGAAAAAUCGUGAAGACAAUGAUAAUCCAAGACAGGGAUGCUCCCAAGUUUUCUCUAACCGAUCCAUUCUACUCCAAACAGCUCGACAUAGACAUUGGUUACAAUGUCCUGAGACCAGGUAGAGUCUGGGGAACUUAUAGACACGUACCUUACCCGGAAUUGACACCAGUUCCAAUUCCACAUGCUUACGCAAACUUAAAAGUAAGAGGAGACUUGAGUUCCAUCAGAUGGAUGGAGGGUUCCAUGAAACCGGACGUAAACGACGGUGACCUCAUCAAAGUGGUGUACUCUUCUCUAAACUUCAGAGACAUAAUGUUGGCCACUGGAAAAUUAAUGCCAGAAGCCAUAGCGGCGAAGAGAGAAAUGAGAGAUUGUCUGAUUGGCUUCGAGUUCAGUGGGAUCGACGCCAAUGGACGACGUGUAAUGGGAUUCACUGAUAACAAGGCCAUAUCGAAUCUAGUCAAGCCCCAUAAACUAAACAUCUGGCCCGUGCCAGACGCGUGGUCCUUGGAAGACGCAGCAACCGUUCCGUCUGCCUACUUCACCGUCUUCUACGCGUUCUUCUACUUUGGAAAAUUGAAGAAGGGCGAGAAGGUGUUGAUCCAUGGUGGAAGCGGCGCUGUGGGCCAAGCCGCCAUCACCGUGGCUCUCGGCGAAGGCUGUGAGGUGUUCACCACUGUAGGCACAGCUGAGAAACGUAAAUACAUCAAGGAAACCUUCCCUAGUAUAGACGACGAUCACAUUGGAAACUCUCGAGAUACCAGCUUCGAGCAGAUGGUGAUGAAACAAACUCAUGGAGAAGGAGUGAACAUAGUUCUAAAUUCCCUGUCCGAGGACAAGCUGCAGGCAUCGAUACGUUGCUUGGGUUACCGUGGACGUUUCUUAGAAAUUGGUAAAUUCGACUUGUCCGUCAACAACCAACUGGGGAUGGAGGUGUUCUUGAAAGAGAUCAGUUUCCACGGCAUCAUGCUUGACGGCAUGAUCAACGGUCUGCAUCCCGACGUACAGGACGAGGUAUAUCACUUCCUCCUUGCCCAACUGAAAAAGAAAACUGUUAAGCCCCUGAUCAGAAAAUGCUUCGAGAAAAACCAACUAGAAGAAGCUUUCAGGUAUAUGGCGGGUGGAAAACACAUUGGAAAGAUACUGAUUAAAAUAGCAGAUGAGAACGCGCCUCUGAAUGCACCGAUUCUUGGUUACCCUCGUUUCAAUGCUAUAAGUAACAAGAGCUACGUACUAGUAGGUGGUCUAGGAGGAUUAGGUUUAGAGCUUGCGGAUUGGUUGAUCCUGCGUGGCGCCAAAAACCUAGUGAUAGUCUCCCGAAACGGAAUCAAGCACGGUUAUCAGAAGCUGAGGACAGAGAUAUGGAAAUCCUAUGGAGUGAAGGUUUUGAUAAUUUCUGGAGUAGAUACCUCAAAGACAGAAGACUGCGAGUUUAUCCUGAGAUCCGCAGAGAAACAAGCAUCCGUGGAUGGUAUCUUCAACCUAGCAGCACUGUUAAAAGAUUGCUUGAUGGUGAACCAAACCGUGGAAUCAUUCCAAGAGAGCAUGAAACCCAAGGCUAAGAUCACCAAAAAGCUGGACGAGGUCUCUAGGAAGAUUUGUCCAAAUCUUCGUCACUUUGUGGUAUUUUCUUCUCUGUCGUGUGGAAGAGGAACUCCUGGUCAAACUAACUAUGGUAUGGGGAACGCAGUGUUGGAGAGGAUCUGUGAAAAAAGAGUAGAGGAAGGUCUCCCUGCCAUGGCCAUUCAAUGGGGUGCCGUGGGAGAUGUUGGUCUUGCUGCUGAGAUGUUGGAGAACAAGCAGCAGCUGGUGAUCGGAGGAACCUUGCCCCAGAGGAUUUUCUCGUGUUUGGACGAACUGGACAAAUUCCUGUGUCAGAGCAGACCAAUUGUAGCUAGUAUGGUGGUGGCUGAGAAACGUCCCAGCGCCAGUGAAGCUAGCAAUGUGCUCGAAGCAGUGAUGCAUAUUAUGAACAUAAAAGACUUGAAGACUGUCAGUCAGAAUUCUUCCUUGGCUGAGCUAGGCAUGGACUCUAUGAUGGCUGUAGAGAUAAAGCAAACUCUGGAAAGAGACUUUGAAGUGUUCCUGACUCCACAGGAUAUCAGAGUCCUAAACAUAGCUAAACUUGUGGAAAUGUCAGCGAAAGAUACAAAGAAACAAAUAAAGCAAGUUAAGAAAACAGUAACCAAGGCGGAACACUUAACUGGCAUGAGGUUACUGAUGAAAACUAUGAACGUUUCGAUACUAAGUGAACAGUAUUGCAUUAAACUUCCUGUUAAAUGUGGCGAAAAGAAGAACGAAAUAUUCCUUAUACCGGGUAUCGAGGGCUCUGCUGAGAUUUUUACUAGCUUAGCAUCGAAAUUAAAAUUACCUGCAACAUGUUUGCAAUUAGGGAUAUACGACACGGAUCAUUCCAUAGAGGAGAUGGCUGAACGACUUCUGCCUCAUGUUUUAGCAAAGUGCAAAGAUCGCAGAGAUUUCACGAUCGUUGCAUAUUCAUAUGGAUCGCUGAUAGGCAUAGAAUUAGCAAGGAGAUUGGAACCUCAUAUUCUAAUCGGUAAUCUCAUAUUAAUAGACGGAUCUCCCAAUUAUAUGAAAACAAUAAAAUCCGAACAUUUCGCAUCGACUUCAGAAGAUGAAUACGAAAAUACAUGUUUAACCGACAUAUUAAGUGUCACCAACACACCCACCCUCGCUGAGUGCAAAUUAGAUUUGGCCAAGUGUAAGAAUUGGGAGGAAAAAUUGGACACAAUAUUUAAACACACGACCGAUGAAGUUCGUAAAAUCUACUCGCCGCAAGCUCAAAAGGCCAUCGUAUCAUUUAUUUAUAACCGCCUUUCAGUGUUAGAUAAGUACGAUCCCUCUUCCAGACCACCCCUCAGAACGCCAAUUACAUUAUUGAUACCAGAAGUACCAGCCGUACAACUUCCGGAUGAAGGUUAUGGUUUGGAGAAGUUAACUCAUGGAAAGGUGACAAUACAUAAAAUCGAAGGAAAUCACGCUAGCAUGUUGGAUAAUGACAAGAUUGCGGCGGCUAUUAAUGGCGAACCCUUGGAGGAUGAAAAAACCUUUAAGGAGUCUCUAACUCUUGUAAGCGCCGAUAUGGAACUGCGUGGACAAGGCGAAAAUUUCAUGGGUUUAUCGUAAAAAAAAGUAAACAUUCACCGUGAUAAUACAGGGAUGUUCCAUUCUUUAGCGAUACUUAUCAUUUUUAUAUGUAUUUUUCAUUCAUAAUAAAUAAAUGAAAAACUCAAUAUUAAUGAAAUGUUGUCAUAUUUUUAUGCAAAAUCAUCAUACAUCCACAAAGACAUUGAAUUCACUCAUAUGACAAAUAAUCAACGUGCCAUUCACACAAUAAAUUGAAUUGUACUUCAUACAACGGCCUUAACAUUACAUUGUAUACAUAUGCAUCAUAGUGUAGAAAUAAAGUUACUUUAUAACGAA